UCACCAGCAUUGUCUACCGACAGCCAGUACUAAGUGCUAACAUACGCGGUCUCGCGGUUCAGACUCAGUGCUCGUGUGCAAAAUCGUUUCGGUUCCGUCGGUCUUAGUGGUUUCGUGCGUUCGCGUUGCUAGAAGAAGUCGACCGAAACACCCGAGAAAAUGAACUCCAGUCUGUUGGUGAGUAUCGGCGCCGAUGUAUAUUAUUGCGACGGAUUAUUAUUAUUAUUACUCGUGAACGCGCGGAAUAAUGCGUAUUGUAGGUCCGUGUAGAACAAACCGGUAAGAAUCGAAGUUUCGCGAACCGGCGGGACGAAUACGAUACGACGGCGGUUCGCGAACUUUCGAAAUCCGAACGGCUUCCCCCCCACCCCCAUCCUUCCCCGCCCAGUUAACCCGGCCGUUAUUAUCCACUCGUUUGUAUAAACGUAAAAACAAAAACACGAUUUAACAAACGCGAAUUCCACUUGGCCUCCCCCCGGCCGGGAAUGUGUUCGCGCCCCUCUCCUGUCGAGAACCACACAGCGCCCGCCCGUCUCCGCGUGUAUCUUUUACGCUCUCGAAAUACGAGUAGUGGACUUUGCUCGUAAUAAUACGAUAUUCUAACCGAACGCACAAAGAAGCGAAAAAAAAACGCAGAAAACACCUUGCCGAGUGUCCUCGCCGUCCGUUCGCGAAACCAAAUCGCGAAUGUCCGCGUCGGGAAAUUAUUUUCGACCGCCGCGCAAUCGUUUAUCAGUAAUUCGUUAUCGUUAUCGCUACGGGCGGUUGUCGAGCGACCACUACGCGUUUUCACUCGUUUGUAUUUCGGGUACGGGACUCCGGAAAACCGAAAACGCUAAACGACGAGAGAAUAUGGGAAAUGGGCUAGAAAAAUUAUGGGGUUUUUAAAUGGUUUUUUUUAUACAUAUAUUUUGAUACACAACAAUUAGUUAUUCCGUUAUUGUUUGAUUUUUUUUUUUUUUUUUUUGUUCUCGACGCUCUCGCUAUUUUUCCUAAUCCCAUAAACGCGACCGCUGAACGAAUUAUUCGGGAAACGAAAUUCUCGCGACCUCACGAAACGGUGACACGAACACUCAUAGUAAUAAUCACGUUAUGUCGUUUCGCAGAUAUUCGCAGCAGCGUUCGUGGCGGCCGUCAGCGGAAAUGCCGUGUACCCGGCAGUUGCCCACCUUGGACCGGUCACCACGCAAUACCACUCGCAAGACGAAUGGGGCCAAUACGCUUACGGUUACUCCGGCGGCCCGUCGGCCAAACACGAACAGCGCACGGCCGACGGUGUGACGAGCGGCGGUUACUCGUACGUGGACGCCAACGGGCUAGUGCAGUCCGUGGCCUACGUGUCCGACCCGCAUAACGGUUUCCGGGCCACCGGCACCAACUUCCCCGUCGACACGGCCCCCGCGCCGCCCGCACCCGUAGUGCCGGUCGUCCACGACGUCGUUCCCGCCCCCGCUCCCGUUCCCGUCCACCCAUGGCCCGCAGUCGUCGCCGCCGCCCCUGAACCGGUCGCCCUGCCGACCGUCGUCGAGGCCCGCAACUACUUGCAUCCCGUCCACCAAUUCGCCCCGCAGCCGCUGUUGAAACUCUCCAAACCGGUGACACCGGCCGGCACCACCAACCUCCACUACCCCGAACACGCCGUCAUCCUUGCCGCCCGCAAGAAGCGCAGCGCCGGUCUGUACCCGUACCCGUUGGUGUCCAGCUACGCCGCGGCCCCACAUCACGUCGUCACCGUCAAACACGCCGAGUUCGCUGCCCCGCCCGCUCCGGUUCUCCAUCACGUCAUCGCCCCGGCACCGUACGUCGCGGUACAUCACGCACCGGCACCAGCGCCGGUCGCCACCUCGUACACCAGCGUCGUCCACCAUCACCAACCGGAACACGUGCCGGCGCCGGAACCGGUGAUCGCCUACGCCACCGCUCCGGUCGCCGUCCCCGCCCCGGUCCCGCACGUCUACGUCGAACCGCACGUGGCCGUCCUCCCGACCAAGUCUCAGUACCACUCGCAAGACGAACACGGCCAAUACACAUACGGUUACACAGACGGCGCCUCCGCCAAGACCGAGACCCGUUACGCCGACGGCGUGACGAAAGGCAGUUACUCGUACGUGGACGAUCGCGGUGAUGUGCAGGCUGUCCACUAUUCCGCGGGCGCUGACGGUUUCAAAGCCGCCGGCACCAACAUUCCAGUACACCACGUCUGAAGAAGAUCGCGGACGCCGCCGGUUCGUCACAGUACCACGCACCACGGCGCCCCCCUCCUGCGCUGAAUCGAAUAACACAACGAGUUCUCUAUUAUGUUUUAUAGUCUUCCUUUAUAUUUCUAUACAUAUGUAUACGUAUAAAUAAACUUUUUGUAUAAAUGUU